AUGUCUAAAAUCUCAAGACAAAACAUGGCCAGCCUCCAGAACGAGGAGCAAACUCACAUCCUCGACGCCAUCGACGAGAUGCGGAAUUUCGGCGUCAAUGAAGACAUUUCAAUUCCGCAGAUCGUCGUCGUCGGCGACCAGUCAAGCGGCAAAUCGUCCACACUCCAGGCAAUCACGCACAUGCCGCUGGCCGUCGACAGCGAGCUGUGUACCAGGUUUGCAACUCAGAUUGUCCUACGACGGACCACUGAGUCAACGGUCAAAGUUUCUAUUAUUCCUUCAUCACGCACGGAUGAAGAGACGAAGCUGCAUUUGUUGAAAUUUACGCGCGAAUUCUCGGAGGAGGAGUUCAAUGAAGAUGGAGUUUUUGGUGAGGUCGUGAAUGAUGCUGCAAAACACAUGGGCCUUCCAACACCUGGUGCAGAGAGCAAGGAAGGCUUCGACAAGAGGUUCUCAGGAGAUGUUCUCAAGAUUGAGGUGUUUGGGCCUAAACAGCCCCAUCUGAGUGUUGUUGAUGUUCCGGGUCUAUUUCAUAAUGACACCAUCUACCAGACCAAGGAGGACCUCGAAAUUGUCCGUCGUCUUAUGAAGGAUUACAUGGAUAAUCCCAGAAGUAUCAUACUGGCCGUCAUGGAUGCCCGCGUCAACCUUUCCAACCAAGAAGUCUUUCGUCUAGCCCGCGAAGCCGAUAAAGACGGCUCACGCACCGUUGGCGUCAUCACGAAAUGCGAUGCUCUUCAGCGCGGAGACGAGAAAGAAGUUCUUAAUAUUGCGCAAAACACUGUUGAGAAGUUGAAUCAUGGAUGGUUCCUGGUCAAGAAUCGAUCGACUCAAGACCUUAGGGAUGGCGUCACUCUUCAGGAGCGAGAUGUGAGGGAAAAAUCAUUCUUUGAUACAAUUUCUCCUUGGAAUGUAUUGUCAAAGGAGCGCGUGGGCGUUGAGCCGCUUACACGUUUCCUUUCGAAUUUGCUCCUGAGUCAUAUCAGGAAGGAAUUUCCAGUGCUGUUGAGUGAGAUUGAAGCUCUCGUGACAAAGACGCAAGAGCAACUCAAAGGUUAUGGGGAACCUCGUCAGACGCUAUCUCAGCAGCGCCGGUUCUUAAGACGAAUGGCUUCACAGUACCAAAAGCUCGUUGAAGACAGCUUAAACGGCGUCCAUCUCUCGGACACCGAACCUGGAGAUCCUACAAAACUGAGGUGGAGAAUCCGUACGGCUAAUGAGGCUUAUGCUCGAAGUUUCAGGAGGAACGGACAUAGAUGGGUCUUCAAGACAGCCGAAAAUACCUACGAUUCGGAUUUUGUCAACGUCUUUGAGCCCCUAUCGUAUGUUGACGAAGAAUCUAAGGAAGAGGAUUCUGAUGACAUUUACAACCGGAUCCGUCAAGUCCACAAUCAAACCAAGGGGAUCGAACUUCAAGGUACCGUACAUCCGCAAUUGAUUAAAAAUAUUUUCCGUCAGCAAUCACAGCCAUGGGAGGGACUUUCAAGGAAUCAUCUUACCAAUGUCAAGGAUAUUGUCGAUCAGUACCUCAAAUUCACAUUUCAGAAAGUUGCGCGUGACCCUUACGUGUUCCAGAACCUAGAAAGGUUUCUUCGUCCACGGAUUCUUGAAGGACACUCCAAAGCUGACGAGGAAUUGCGCAAGCUGUUAGAGGAUGAGCGUGGAGGCAUCCUGCAGACCGUGAAUCAUUACCUCGCGGAGACCUUGACCAAAAUACGCUCUGAUCGUGUUAUUAGACGACUGAAGGAUGCUGGCUACGAAGAAGGCCAUGAAUAUAAAGUCAAGUUCAAGAAUCUUGCCGCGACUAGCAACAUCAGCAACGACGACAGUGCGAUUUACGACAUCCACGAUACUGUCAAGUCGUACUACAAAGUUGCCAUGAAACGGUUCUUGGACAAUGUCAUUAUCCAAGUCGUUGAACGCCACGUGCUUGGUCCCAAUGCUCCUCUACGUCUUUUCUCUUCCGACUUUGUGGAUGAUCUGGAAGAUGAUGAGGUCAAGUUUAUUGCUGCUGAAAGUUCUACUACCAGCAUGACGCGCUCAGACCUUACUAUGAAGCUGGGACGGUUGCAGAAGGCGUUGGAUAUUGCACAUGGCGUUUCUUUGAGUUACUAG